CCCAAUUUCCCAUAUUUUCCAGGCUACGAUUUCCCAGCAGUGCUGCGCUGGUUCGCCGAGCGCGUGGCCCUGAUCAUUCUCCUCUUCGACGCGCACAAACUGGAGAUCUCGGACGAGUUUUCGGGGGCGAUCGCGGCGCUGCGGGGCCACGAGGACAAAAUCCGCGUGGUGCUSAACAAGGCGGACGCGGUGGAGACGCAGCAGCUGAUGAGGGUUUACGGGGCGCUCAUGUGGUGUUUGGGGAAGGUGGUGGACACCCCUGAAGUUCUUAGGGUUUUUAUAGGGUCGUUCUGGGCGCAGCCGCUGCUCAACGCCGAGAACCGGCGGCUUUUCGAGCUGGAGGAGCAGGAUUUGUUCCGGGAGAUYCAGGCGCUGCCCCGGAACGCCGCGCUGCGCAAGGUCAACGAUCUGGUGAAGAGGGCGAGGCUCGUCAGGGUGCACGCGCUGGUGCUGUCGCGGCUGCGGCAGGAGCUGCCCUCGCUGUUGGGGGGCAGCGGCCGCAGGAAACGGCUGAUCCAGAGGCUGCCGGCGCUGCUGGCGCGGAUCCAGAGCGAGCACCAAAUCCCUGCCGGGGAUAUCCCGGAUUGUGCGAGAUUGCAGGAACAGCUCCUCUCCCGCGACCUCUCCCGCCUCCCCCCUCUCAAACGCCGUCUCCUGGCCGGGCUGGACGAGCUGCUGAGCCGCGACAUCCCCGCGCUGACCCCUCUGCUGGCGGCCACCGCGGCCACCGAGCCCCCGGGCCAGCCCUGCGUGCGCGGAGGAGCCUUCGACGGCGCCCGGAUGGGACCCUUCGGUGACAUCUCCGAUGACGAUGAUGAUGAUGAUGGUGACAGCGACGAGUGGGUGGUGCUGAAGGACAAAGCCAAAUACGACGAGAUUUUCUACGGGCUGGCGCCCAGCGGGGGCAAGCUGAGCGGCCGGCGGGCGCGGGGCUGGAUGGUGGCCAGCAAACUGCCCAGCUCCGUGCUCGGCCGCAUUUGGCAGCUCAGCGACGUGGACAGGGACGGGAUGUUGGACCACGAGGAGUUCGCGCUGGCCGGACACCUGAUCGGGGCCAAGCUGGAGGGGAGGGGGCUGCCCACUGACCUGCCCCCGCGUCUGGUGCCGCCUUCUAAGAGGAGGCAUAAGGGGUCGGCAGAGUGACCUCAAAAAUCCAUCCCAAAAAACCCCAAAUCCAUCCCAAAAACCCCCAAAUUCACCCCAAAAUCAGGGAUUCACAGAUGCCACCACGUCUGGUGCCGCCCUCUAAGAGGAGGCAUAAGGGAUCGGCGGAGUGACCCCAAAAAUCUACCCCAAAA